CAUAUAUAGCAUCAAAAGAAAGAAAAUAAAUUCUAUGGAUUGGUCAAGAGGCCCCACGGUCGGCCGUGGCUCAUUCGCCACCGUCUCUGCCGCCAUAUCCAACCUCACCGGACACAUUUUUGCAGUCAAAUCCACCCAAUUAUCUUCUUCCAAUUCCUUGCAAAACGAACAGAGGAUUCUCAGCAAUUUAACCCAUCCCCGUAUAAUCGGCUACAUUGGUCACGACACUACAGUUGAAAAUCACAAGUUCUUGUACAAUUUGUUCUUGGAAUUCCUUCCCUACGGCAAUCUCAAUGAUGAAACUCUCCGACAUGGCGGAACAAUGAAAGAUUCGUUAAUCGCUCUUUACACUCGACAGAUUUUGGAUGGGUUGGAUCACAUUCAUUCAAUCGGAAUCGCACAUUGUGAUAUUAAGGGACAAAACAUUCUCUUAGGAGAAAACGGAGCGAAAAUUGCCGACUUUGGCUGCGCCAAAUGGGUUUCCUAUCCGCCGCCGCCGGAAAAUGUAAUCUCCGGUACUCCCACGUUUAUGGCUCCUGAAGUUGCAGGUGGGGAAGAACAGGGUUUUCCGGCGGAUAUAUGGGCGCUUGGAUGCACUAUCAUUGAAAUGGCCACCGGGGGAUCGCCAUGGUCUAGCCACCACCGCCACUACCGCCACCCAUGUUCCAUUCUUUAUAGAAUAGCGUUUUCCGGCGAGUCUCCGAUCAUCCCUGAUUUUCUUUCCGGGAAAGCGAAGGAUUUUCUGGGAAGGUGUCUUAGGAGAGACCCGAAAGAGAGAUGGACGGCGAGGGAGCUGCUUAAACACCCGUUUGUUGAAGAAUCGAAUUAUGCAGAAAGGGAAAAUGAAGGAUUGAAUUCGAAAUCUCCGAUGAGUACACUCAAUCAAAGCAUCUGGAAUUCGGUUGAAGAUGUUUCGGAAGUUCCACGUCCAUCGAGUGGGUUUUCUCAGGGAGACAGGAUCCGGCAGCUGACGUCAUUCUCCGGGAAGCCAAAUUGGUCACGGGAAGAGAAUUGGGUCACAAUUAGAGAUUACAAUUACUAUAAGACUCACCAGCUUAAUUAG